AUGGCCACAGAUCAAACGCGUUUCCUCAUCGACGGCGUGGUCAUCUCUUGGUGGCGACUAGUUUUGCUGUCACUAUGCGCGUCCGGACUGUUCACUGUCGGUGCUACCACCGUUGCAGCUCACUCCAUGUUCCCCAUUCCGUUCUUCGCACUGACGAUGGCCCCGAUGUUCUACCCGCUCCUGAUUCUAUCGUAUCGGGUUGUAGUAGGCGGCCAGAUUUUUCGCCUUAUUUUGGAGCGUCGAGGCCAGCUCAUUCGCUACGUCAUGUUCGUGUGCACCGAAGUUAUGAUAGCGGCAGUAUACGCGGCCUACGAAGCUCUUUAUCGCCUCGCAAAAGCGCGACUCCGGGAUACCGUUGGAAAUUCUCAGCAAAAUGACGACCUAGUGAAAGCUCUGUGUUUGCUGUGUCGUAGUCCCGAAAAGUUUGAGAUACAAGUCCGCGCAGGCAUUCGAGUGACGUCGUGCUACCCACAUGCUCUAUCUGAUGAUAACAAGGUUCUGCUGGAUAAACUGGCGACCCUUUCCAGUACCGACAGCACUCGUGCUACUGGACCUUACAGUUCUGCUAUUCAAUUACAACACCCCUCUACAUUCGAGUGA